CAAGAGGGCCUCGGCUUUUCCAGGAUUCUCCGAAACGCCGGUUUUUUGUUGUUGUUGUUGUUUUUAAGAUGAAACCCUAGCGCUGGUCUUUAAGCCAGUUAAGCGAAUUCCUCGUGAAGAGCGGUGCAAUAAGGGGACUGAGGCCAGUAGACCGUGGGAACGUUCCGGUUGCCGAACGGUGUCGGAAUAAGCCUUAGCGCGUGGGACAGCGGCGAUGGCCAGCGGCGGAGUGGGGGAAACGGCUCCGUACUCCGCCUGGAGGGGGCGAAGGGCUGGGACGCCCAAAGAGAAACGCAAUCAGAACGAGGGAGACAAGCGAUCCUUCCCGCGGUCUCCGCCAAGCUCUUCUACCCAGGGGGCUGGGCGGAGCCGCCGCCGACAGAAGAGGAGGAGGAGGAGCUGCUUGAUGCUGCCGCUGCCGCUGCCACUUAGCAAGCCGGAAAAUCUUGUUCUCGGCUGGUCCUGGGUGAAGCUUUGCUGGCCUCUGGGAGAUCCGCAAGCGGAAGCUGGAGGGAAUCAUGAGGCGACUGGGGUGUUUGGGAGAUGAUUUGAAGGGUACAUGUGACUAACCUACCUCAGACUCCCUCACCCAUUCUGCUACCUCAGGAGCCUAAUAGCAUUGGAUUUCCACUGGUUCUGGACACCCUCAAGGGGCCAUGAGACUAGCAGGUCCUCUUCGUGUUGUCGUGAUUGUCUUGACAGCAGGGCUAACCUGGAUCCUUGUCAGUAUCUUGUUGGGGACCCAAAGCGGUUUCUCUCGCCUGCAGCAGUUCCUCCUCAACAGUCCAGAGAACACUCCCGCUACAGAUUUGGACAAGAUCAGAGUGGUCUCGGCAAAGAAUUUUGCAGGCAGCCGCAAUAGUCAUCGCAAACCAAGGCCAAAGAAAUACAAGUGUGGCCUCCCCCAGGCCUGCCCAGAGCAUUCGUUUGCCUUCCGGAUGACAAGCGGUGCAGCCAAUGUCAUUGGGCCCAAGAUCUGCCUUGAAGAUAAAAUGCUAAUGAGCAGCAUGAAGGAUAAUGUAGGCAGAGGUCUGAACGUUGCCCUGGUGAAUGGUGUGAAUGGAGACUUGAUUGAUGCUAAGUCUUUUGACAUGUGGGCAGGAGAUGUGAACGAGCUGCUAAAAUUCAUCCGGUCAUUGCACGAAGGGACAUUAGUAUUUGUUGCCUCUUAUGACGAUCCUGCCACAAAAAUGAAUGAGGAGGCUCGUAAAAUCUUCACAGAACUGGGCAGCAAAUUUGCUCGGGAACUGGCCUUUCGAGACAGCUGGGUCUUCGUUGGAGCCAAAGGAGUGCAAGACAAGAGUCCCUUUGAGCAGCAUGUGAAAAACAGCAGAAGCUCCAACAAGUAUGAGGGCUGGCCCGAAGCCCUUGAGAUGGAGGGUUGCAUUCCGCAGCGAACCACCGAGGUCCUGUGAGGGUCCUUUUCUUCGAAACUUCAAGUGAAUUUUCUCAUAGGGAUGGGAGAAAAAAAUCUCCAGUCUUCCACCUGUUGUUGUCUACCCUUAUUAUGGCAGCUACCCUUCUUUCCGUCUCCAGAGUGGCCUGUUUGGCAGUGCCUUAAUAAGGCCUACCAGUUGCCCUUUUCAGAAAAGCUUUCUUGCCAUGGACUUUGGGAAGAGAGAAAGUGUAAACUCCUUAUUGCCGGAUUAGUUCUCUGUUCCCUUCUCUAGUGCCUUAACAUUUUUCCCAGGCAAAGGGGUCUAAUCCUCCUUGCCCUCUUCCCUGCUAUAAAUUUGCAGAGCCGAUUGAUUUGCUCAGCUGAGAACCAGCCUGGGGGUUUUAUAUGUGGAUAAUUUAAAGCGUGAGGAAGAACUCUUGGGCAGGGGGAGUAGGUAGGAGAUAUCAUGAAAAGUGGGACGGUCCCCUCAUUUCUUUAUCUCCACAACAUGCUUCUAUCAUGCCUUCUUUACACACAUUUGUACCUUUCUUUGAUCCCAUGCACAUCUCAGUUAUACGUGCAUUCUUUGUAUGUGUAGAAUCUCUGCACUGCUCAGCUGAAAAGCAUGGAGGUCCAAGGAAGAGUCCUGUGUUCAUGAGGUUCUGCCAAAGGAACCACUCUGAAUCAGAGUUUAUCUAUUUUAGCACCACUGCUGUUCCAAGUGCACCCCCUUAGUUUGCUAAACUUGAGAAAUGCCCAGUUACUGCUUCCUGUAGUGUAAUGUUGGUGCUUCAGUUUGUGAGGGGAUGGGGUGAGGACUGAGUCUUUCAUUCAUCUUUCUGCCCGUGUUCAUUUUUUUUUUUUAUAGAGUGUAGUGGAGGGAAUCCAAGCUCAAAGUUUCCAUUUGCCCAAUCCUUGUUGCUGAACAGCUUCUUCAAUAAAUGCUGUGUAUAACAACCGAGGCUUGUUGUUUGAAAUGGUUGCUGACCUGCCCCUCCUCCCCAAAACACCUGGUUCAUCCCAUGGGAUCUAUAAUUAAAGAUAAUGUGAUUAUGCA